AUGUCGGACACCAACCCCUUCCCACCAUUUCCACCAGCAGUCACACUUGAAGAAGUGCAAGCAGCAACAACAUCCUACCCAGCCACCUACUUCAACUCGCACAUCCUCAAACUAAGCAGCUACCUUAUUGACAUCACCAAUACGAGCACUCUUUUCGGAAAACCCGCCAACAACCCCUACACCCCUAGCCUCAACACUCUCUAUCUCCGCCUGCAAAACGGCCAACUCCCUCCCAGUCGCCUCCCAGCAAGCUUCCAGACCCCCCAACAUACUCAAUCUCCAAUCCACCUUCGCUCAGACAAACCAGCUGCUGAACGUCCCUUGGCCGACUUCGAAGAUCUCUACUACGCCACUCUCUCUUUGAUGCAAGAACUUCACCACCUCCUCACCAUCCGCCUCCAGAGUGGCUUCAAUACACUCUCUGACCUCGCUUGCGCGGGCGGUCCUACCUUGUCUUCCUUACAAAAAAGUCUAACGGCGUAUUGGUCCUUCUUCAACGACGCGGCGUGCGCCAAGGCGCUCGACGAUGCGGUGCGGGAAGCUCGCGUCAGGGCUAUCCGGGAGGAGAUUGUGAGACAAGUGGAAGUUGAUGAGUUGGAUAUACAGGAUGCGAGGUGCCAGUUGGCAGGGUUGUAUGGGGAGGAUGUAUAUGCGGGGGUUGAGGGGAUGUGGUUUGUGAGGGAUUGGGCGCCGGCGAUGGUAGCGGUGUAUUUGGAGGGGAGGUGGAGGGGGUUGUUGGAUGCAGAGAAGGCAGAGAACGAGAGGAUGAUGGCGAUGGUUAAGAGUGAGAAAGAGGGAUCAGAAGGACAAGUUGCAACGGAGUGCCAGGAGGCUCAGAGUGAGAUGGACGUGGAUACGAACCAGUUCCCCGAGCAGAACCACGUCGAGCGGCUAUCUCACGACACGAACCUACGCACCGAACCGCAGAUAUCUCAGAACCAACCCUUCGCUCACCACACCCCUGUUCAUCACGCACAACUCCACCAAGUCGCACUACACCACCAACCCCUUUCCGCAGCCAUCCACACAGAGCACGGUCCCAUAUACCCCGCCGACUUCGAUAUAAUGCUCGAGUGGCAAGUCCGCAACCAGCGCGUGGCACAAUACACAAACUACCUGCGUGCCCGCGCGAGCCAGGAUGCGCAGCAGGCUAUCCAGGGGACAAGG